AUGGAUGUAAAAAAAAAGAAAAUGGGGAAAUCACAACAAUUUUUAUUAUUAAAAAAAACCACACCACAAAUAAUUACACCACAAAUAAUUACACCACAACCUCCAGCAAUAUUAUUUAAAAAAAAAGAAUUUAUAAUUCCAGAUUAUUUAAUAAUUAAAAUAUUAAGAUAUUUAAUUCAAGAUCAAUUUACACCAAAUAAUAAAGAUAAUAGAAAUAAUAAUAGCAGCAAUAAUUAUAAAACAUAUAGAUACAAGAAAUCAAAAACCAAUAGUAGUAGAUUUUCAUUUUUAAAUUUAAAUUUUAAUUAUGCAUUAGUAUCAUGGAAAUGGUUUAAAUUAACAUCAAAACUAAAUGACUUUUUGCCACGUAGAUAUCUAAUUGCACUAAUAAAUCGAAACACUUCAAAUGAUCAUAACUAUUAUCAUCAAUUAAUUAAAAAUCAAUUUAAUAAAUAUAAUAAUUUUUUAUUUGACGAUGGUAAUGAUGAUAAUGACGAUAAUUAUAAUGAUCAUGAUGAUGAUGAAGAGGAUGAUGAAGAAAAAGAUAAAAAUGAAUUAACAAUUUCAAAACAAGAAGAGAAAUUUAGAGUUAAAAAUCAAUGUAUUAUUUAUACAUCGUUGAGAUAUGGUUGGAUACAGUUUAAUAAUUUGGUGGAGAUUGAAUUUGAUCGUGUAUCAUCAACAUGGUUUAGUUCAUGGCAAUUGUUAGUUAAAGAAUCACCGAAAUUAGAAAGAGUGCAUUUAACAAUUAUCGUGGGAUCAGAUAAUCCAAUUGAAAUAUUUGAAAGAUUUUCAAUGACCGAUAUAAAAUUAAUAUUAAAAUUAUAUUUCAAUGAUUUAUAUUGUAAUUUAGAAUCAAUUGAAAAUUAUAUUCAUCAAAGAAACAAAUCACCAUUUUCAAUCAAUGUUCAAUCAAUUCAAUGUAUUUGUAAUAUUCAUCAAGAUAUGAAUUGGGAUAUCGUCAAAUUCUUUAACCCAUCACAAUUAUUAUUAGAUAGUAAUUAUGAAACAACUUUUCAUUAUUCAUAUACUAAUUUAUUAUUACCACCACCACUACCACCACCAACAACAACAACAACAACAACAACAACAACAAUAACAACAACAACAACAACAACACCAACAACACCAACAACAACUACUGCCACUACAACUACUUUAUCAUUAUUAAAUGAUUUUAGAAUUAAAUUUCAUGAUUUUUUAGACUUUAAAGAUUUUAAAUUGGCGUUGGAUAAUGAGGGAUUGACAAGUUUGGAUUGUUCUUUGUUGUUAUUUGAUAUUCAUAGUUUUGAGCAUAUUAUACCAGAGAUUGGGAGUGAAGUUUAUUGGAAUUCAAUAUCAUGUGAUACUAAUGAUAUUGCAUUUGAAAUUCCUUUUACAAUUAAUUCAAUUGCAAAAUCAUUAUCAUUAAAUACAACUUUAACAACUUUAAAAAUUUCAGAUUAUUAUCGUUAUUAUGAUGAUGAUGAUUCUUCAAUUUAUAAUGGUUAUGAUGUUGAAAAUGCAUUUUUAGAUAAACCAAAGAAAUUAAAAAUUAACAAUAACAACAACAAUACAAUUAUAGAUCCAUUUCAAGAUACUUUAUCUCACUAUAAUCAAGAUAUUAAAACAUUUGCAUAUCAAUUCUCAGAGGCAAUUUGUUUAAAUAAAACUUUAAAAACACUUUAUAUUUCAUCUUGGGAUUCUUUAUUAGCUGAUAAUCAUAUUAAAAAACAACAACAAUUUGAACAAUUAAAUAAUAAUAAUAAUAAUAAUAAUGAGUUUAAUUGUCAAUUUUUUAAAUCAUUAUCAAUUAAUCAAACAUUAACAAGUUUAUCAUUAGUUAAUGAUACAAUAUCAGAUUAUGAUUUAAAAUGUUUAUCAUUUUAUUUUGGUAAAAAUCAUUCAAUUAAACAAUUGGUUUUAUCAAAUAAUAAUUUAAAACAUGUUGAUAAAUUAAUUCAAUUAUUAAAUUCAACUUCUAUACGUAAUAAUAGUGGUGGUGAUGAUGAUAAUUUUAAUAAUAAUGGUAAAAUAAUUGGAUUAACUUUAGAUUUAUCAAAUAAUCAUUACCCAAUUAAAUCAUCAAAUCAAAUUUAUCAAUCAAUUUUAAAUAAUUUUAAAUUUAUAAAUCAAUUAAUUUUACCAAUUAAUUUUGAAGAAACUAUUGAACAAUUAAAUCAAAAAAAUAAAUUUAAUAUUUUAUUUAAUUAA